AUGGGAAAUACUUCGUCAACUGUCACCGCUGGCAUCAAAGACCAGGUUAACAAUCAGAGCAAUGCUAUGUACAAAUUGGCUGAUGUUACAGGCAACGGAUUUUUGGCUGAAUUAGCUAGAGAAGCAAUUCGAUCAGGAAACACUGACGAUUUGGAUCACAAUAUACGAGAGAAAAUCGGACCUUUGCUCUAUAAUAAUGGAGAAGGAGAGAUGCUGUUAAUCAACGACAUCAUUAGCUUCAGGCACAAAGAAAGAACCGGCAAUUCUUUCCCCCCUCUUCAUUCUUGGGAAACUAAAUUUGUUUGUUGGGAUCUCCACUCUAGAGGGUCAGUGGGGGAAACUUUACUCCACACUUGCUUUUUAGCAGGUUUACCCAAACACAUGAAAUUAUUAGCGGAGCGGAUGUUAUUCAUUUUUCCAAAAAUAAUAAAUGAUUUUUAUAUAAGUGAUGAAUAUUACGGAGAGACAGUCCUUCACAUGGCCAUUGAAACGGAAGAUGCUGAAAUUCUUCGAUUCAUCCUAAAUUGCGGAGCUGAUGUUAAUGCUCGUUGCACCGGAAACUUUUUUACUUGUGAUGAUCAGAAAAGUUCCCGAUGCGACAUAUCCGAUAUGGAACAUGUUUCCAUAUCAAGAAACACAACAUACUCGGGACAUCUUUACUGGGGCGAGUAUCCUUUAUCAUUCGCUGCUUGCCUCUCGCAAAUGGAAUGCUUCCGAAUGAUAAUAGCCAAAGGAGCUGAUUUGAAUGCCAUGGACUCUAACGGGAAUACUAUUCUUCAUAUUUGCACAAUUCAUGAAAACUGGGGAAUGUUCAAAAUGGCUCUAACCUUAGGAGCAGAUCUUCAUAUACAGAACCGGCAAAAUUUGACUCCAUGCACACUAGCAGCAUUUUUGGCAAAAAAACAGAUGUUCGAGAAAAUCGUAGAAGCUGAAAGAAUGGUAUACUGGACAUAUGGUGGAUUACAAUCAGCUGCUUAUCCACUCGAGCAUUUGGAUUCGAUUGAACCAUCAACUGGAAAUAUUAAUAGGAACUCCGCCUUAGCACUUGUUGUUUAUGGAGAGAAAUCAGAACAUCUACAGCUCUUACCCAAUCUUUUGGAACAACUUGUUCAACGAAAAUGGGCAACUUACGGCAGACGAAUGCUUUUUGCUCAAUUAUUCAUGUUUAUAUUAUAUUUUUUGUGUACAAUGGCUUGCUAUAUACUGAGGCCAACACCGUUUGAGCGUCAGAAUCCGGAAAACACCUUGAUUUGCAUAUCUCGGUUCAAUUUUUUAUCACAUGUGCGCUUAAAGAUAAUAUUUUAUCAUAUAUUGAAUAUCUGUACUGUAGUCGGAGCUUCAUUGUACCUGUUUCAAAUGCAUUCGCACAUAAGAAAUGUUGGCCGCAAUAUGUAUUUUCUUAGUUUGUCAGGGUUCCCAGCCAAGGCCAUCUUUUUGAUCUCCUGUGUCUUAUUAAUAUCGAGUUUUAUUAUGAGAUUGUUCUGUUUUGACGAAAUGGAAGAUAUCGUCAUGUCAAUUACCAUUUUAUUGACAGCUGUUAAAUUUUUAUUUUUCGCAAGAGGAUUCAAAUCUGUGGGUCCUUUUGUUCUGAUGCUCUAUAAGAUAAUUAUCCGAGAUCUAAUGAGAUUUUUUUUAAUUUAUUUGGUAAUUGUUGUUGGAUUCUCACAAGCUUUCUACAUAAUAUUUCUCGGAUAUAAAAAAAAAUAUACUGGAAAUAUCAGAGAUCGAAAUAUAAUGGGAAACAUUGCGGAAUCUUAUGUAAGAAUGUUCAUAAUGAGCUUAACGGAGUUUUCUGUUUUCUUCCAACAAUUAGAAGAAUGUGAACAUACGAUGAUAGGAAAGAUAACGUUUGUUAUUUAUAUGUUGUUGGUUACAUUGUUACUAAUCAACAUGUUGAUUGCUAUGAUGACAAACACCUAUAUUGAGGUGUCCGGAAAUUCCUUGGAGUGGCUGCGUCAGUGGGCAGCAAUUAUCAUGAUGAUGGAACAAAGUUUUGAUCCUACUCAGAGACUGAAAUAUCAACGCGACUACAGCAUUAUCAUGGAAGAUGGGAAACAUCUCGCCCUUCUCAUAAAAACUAAACUUAAGGAUGAUGAAUAUGCUGAGCUUAUGCAGCAUAUAGCUACGGCUCGAUUGCGUUUCCGAGAAGAACGGCGUCGAAUAGCACGUCAUUCAAACGUUCAUCGUUUGAAUACAGAUGGAGCCAAUUACUUUCGACCCAAAAAAAUUUUCCACAACAAUAAAACAGCCCAAAUAACCUGA